UACUGUUUUUCCUGUGCACCUUGAGCGCACCACACGCAAAUGUCUUAAAUGAAAUAGAAAGUAUGUUGUCCUGUGACUGUCACAGGACGACAUAAUUAUUACUGAAUGGUCGGACAAACAUAGUCAUGGAUUUGAGUAAACCAGUCAGAUACCAUGGGUUAGUGAACCAGGGAGCUACGGAUUACCUGAACAGUGUCCUGCAGGUGCUGUUCAUGACAGAAGACUUCAGAGAAAGCAUCAAAAAGAGCAACGCAGGGAACGAGCGCAUUGACAGAGAGCUGAAGGAACUGUUUGAAGACUUGGAAAAAUAUGAUGCGUCUACGUACAACAUUACAAAUAAACUCAAGAUCAGAAAUGUGCAUGAGCAGCGUGAUGCAGCAGAGCACUUUGAGAAGAUUUUACGUCUGACCAGUCCAGAAGCCUCCCAGAUCUUCCAUGGAGAGUCGAUAAACAGAAAUACAUGUCAAGAAUGUAAUGCUAAAACUGAGACUGCAGCAGGAUUCUGGAGCCUCCCUCUUCCUCUGGUGAAUGAUAACAAUGAAUAUAGUGUGGAAAAGGGCAUUGAGGACUUCUUCCAUCCUUCGGUGAUCACUGGAGAUGAUCAGAUGUACUGUGAGAACUGUGAUAAAAAAUGUGAUGCUGUUCUGGGUUGUGAGGUGAAAGAUCAUCCAGAGGUCUUGGUACUGUUGUUAAAGCGCUUUGAGUUUGACUACAGUUCCAUGGUCUAUGUCAAAAUCAACCAGCCUGUCAAUGUGCCCCAAACUCUGCAGAUGUCGGGGGAACACCUUUAUAACCUGUAUGCCAUUGUAGAACAUUCUGGAGAACUGAGACGUGGACAUUAUGUUUCCAUUAUUAGAUCACAGAACGAUGAUGAAUGGUAUAUUUUUAAUGAUUCUAUGGCUCCACAUUCUGUUUCACCAACACUGGAAAGGUCCCGAAGAGCUUAUCUACUGUUUUACCAAAAACAAAAAGAAACUCUGCAAGACAAUAUCUCAGAUGGUAUCAACAAAACAACUGAGAAGGAGCAAGUUCCAGCUAAUGAACUGAAAAAUGAAGAAACAGCAGUCGGGGCUACAUCACUACACCAGUAACCCCGGAAAUCCAAUAGAAAGAAGGCAAGAUUUCACUGAGACAGAAACAGGCUUGAAAAUGAAAGUGACCAAAUUAGGAGGACCAAAUUAUUCAAAUAACAUUUAGGAAAAGAAAUACAGAGAAAUAUAAUAAGAAAUUAAAACUACAAAUAGUGAUAAAGGCCCUUGCAACCUUUGCACCUGUGGAAGAGCAAUGACAAACUUUUUUUUUUUCUGUCUCAUUAUGACUUUAUUUGUGUGAAUCUAACAAUAUUUUCAGAAGUUAAGUUUUAUUCUUAGAAAAUGGCCACUUCAUUAAGAACUCGUUAUGACCACAUCUUGAGACUUCCCGUCAAUUCUUUUAAAAACUUUUGACCCCAGAUAUGGCCUGAUGACACUGCUUCAGUUUGAAGUCUGUGGGAUAAAAACCCUAUAACAAUUUUGUUAAAGUACAAGGUCUAGAUUUUGGAUGACUCAAGUUUAAUAUAAUUUAUUUACCUUACCUUCAUCUUUCAGUAUUUUUUCUCUGGGUCUUCACUGAAAAUUAGAGCUCACUGAGUUCUACCUUUUGAUACUAAUCACAUGUAUACGAUAUUUGUUAUUGUUUACUACUUGACUUUUGUCAAGUUAUUUUCUUAUUUGCACAAUACUUACUGUGCAUAAAAAAGUGGUGUAUAUUGUGUUUGAACUUGAGGUUAAUUAAAUUUGCACUUCAUCACUUUCAUCAUUUGUUGAAUGAAUAUCAUCUAGACUGUAAUUACACUAUAGACCCAACGUUCCAGUAAAACAAAUGAUCUACUGUUGUAUGUUUUAUAAAAAUAAAUAAAUACAUAAAACGUG